AGGCGAGCCUAGCGUGAGGCUGCCCGCUCGACUCUCUCUCUUUCUCUCUCUCUCGCGAGCCAGCGAGCGAACGAACGCGCGCGCGGGCGCACCAGCGCGCACACCCGCGCGCGUCCAGCCCAAGAUUCCGUUGCGGAUUAAUAAAUAAAAUCUCGAGAGUGCCCGGCUCCGCGCGCGCCGCGGUUGUGGAUCGUGAAGAUAUGUCGGAGAGUCGAACGGGCGGGUGAUACGACGGCAAGGUUUUGUCUGAUCCAGAACGUCGAGAGCACCAGGUGACUCUGGUCCGCAGCAGCUCCCCUCCGCUUUGACCCGCCGCCCGCGAUCGCCCGAGCCGUCCGGGAUGUCGCCGGUGUUCGCCCGCUUGCCGCUGCUGGCCAUGGUGGCCGGAGCUCUGCUCGUCUGCCUGGCCUCCUGCUCCCGCGCCGAGACUCCACCGCGGUUCACCCACCCACCUGAAAGCCAGGUCGGAGUGUCGGGCGGCGUGGCGUCCUUCGUGUGCCGGGCCACCGGCGACCCCAAGCCCAACAUCACCUGGGCCAAGAAGGGCAAGAAGCUGAGCUCCCAGAGGUUCGAGAUCAUCGACUACGACAACGGAGCGAGCUCAGUGCUGCGCAUCCAGCCGCUGCGGCCGGCGCGCGACGAAGCCGAGUAUGAGUGCGUCGCCUCCAACGUCCUCGGCCAGAUCUCGAAGAGCGUCAAGCUGAGGGUACUGCGCGAGGACCAGGUGCCCCCCGGGUUUCCGCGCAUCGACAUGAUGCCGCAGCUGAAAGUGGUGGAGCGGACCCGCACCGCCACCAUGCUGUGCGCCGCUACGGGCAACCCGGACCCCGACAUCCGGUGGUUCAAGGACUUCUUCCCCGUGGACACGCAGGCCAGCGCCGGGCGCAUCAAGCAGCUCCGCACCGGCAGUGGCCCCAUCAGAGGUGCCCUGCAGAUUGACCUGAGCGAGGACUCGGACCAGGGCAAGUACGAGUGCGUGGCGUCGAACGACGUCGGCACGGUCUACUCGGCUCCCGCCAACCUCUACGUGAGAGUGAGGCACGUUCCUCCACGGUUCUCCAUUCCGCCCAAGAGUCAGGAGAUCAUGCCGGGCGGCAGCGUGAACGUGUCCUGCGUGGCGGUGGGGUCGCCCAUGCCCUACGUCAAGUGGAUGUCGGGGGGCGAGGACCUGACCCCCGAGGAGGAGAUGCCCAUCGGGCGCAACGUCCUGGAGCUGAGCAACGUGCGCGAGAGCGCCAACUACACGUGCGUCGCCAUGUCCUCGCUCGGGGUCGUCGAGGCCACCGCGCAGGUCACCGUCAAAGCGCUGCCCCGGCCUCCCUCGAUGCCGGUGGUGACCGAGACAACGGCGACCAGCGUGACGCUCACGUGGGACUCGGGCAACGCCGAGCCCAUCACCUACUACGUGCUGCGCUACCGGCCCGUCACCGGCGGCGGUGGCGGCGGCGGCGGCGGCGCGCCGGACGGCCGCGGGCACUACCAGGAGAUCGACGGCGUGGCGACGACGCGCUACACGGUGGGCGGCCUGGGCCCCUACUCCGAGUACGAGUUCCUGGUGGCGGCCGUCAACAACAUCGGGCGCGGCUCGCAGAGCGACGCGGUGCUGACGCGCACGAGCGAGCAGGCGCCGUCGAGCCCACCGCGCAACGUGCAGGCGCGCAUGCUCAGCGCCACCACCAUGCUGGUGACGUGGGAGGAGCCCGAGGAGCCCAACGGGCAGAUCCGCGGCUACCGUGUCUACUACACGACGGAGCGCGGACAGCCCGUGAGCGCGUGGCUCAAGCACAACCUGGAGGACAGCCUGCUCACCACCAUCGGCAGCCUCACGCCGCAAGCCGACUACACGGUGCGCGUGCUCGCGUUCACGUCCGUGGGCGACGGGCCGCACUCACCGGAGCUGCACGUCAAGACGCAGCAGGGAGUGCCGAGCCAGCCGAUUAACCUGAAGGCGGAGGCCGAGUCGGCCACCAGCGUCCUGCUGUCGUGGAUCCCCCCGCGGCAGGACUCCAUCAUCAAGUACGAGCUACUUUACCGGGACGGCCCACUCAGCAAGGAGCAGGUCGUGACCUUUGAACCCAGCAUGACGUACCUGCUGGAGGGGCUGCGGCCCAACACGCUCUACCAGUUCCGCUUGGCGGCACGCUCGGACCACGGCCUGGGGGCAGCCACCUCCAUCGUCACCGCCCAGACGCUGCCCUCAACCCCGUCGGCCGCCCCCCAAGAAGUCUCCUGCUCGAGCCCGGGUUCCACCUCGCUGCUCGUCUCCUGGCAACCGCCGCCGGCGCACGCCCACAACGGCCCCAUCGUGGGCUACGCCGUGCGCUACCGGGCGCUGCCCGACGGGCAGGGCCAGGACGGCGCGACGCGAGAGGAGGCCGUCGAGAUGGGGGCGGCCGCGGGCGAAGCGGCCGCCCGCGGCGAGCUCCUGUGGACCCUGCAGGGCCUGCAGAAGUGGACCGAGUACCGCGUGACGGUGGUGGCCUACACCGCCGUGGGGGCCGGGCCAGAGAGCCGGGCCUGCACCGUGAGGACGGAUGAGGAUGUGCCGAGCGGGCCGCCCCGUCGCGUGGAGUCGGAGCCGCUGAACGCCACGGCGUUGCGCGUGUCGUGGCGCCCGCCGGCGCCCGGGCGGCAGCACGGAGCCGUCCGCGGCUUCCACGUCCACCUGGUGCGCAUCGUCAACGGGGAGCCGCGCGGGGCGACGCAGCUGCGCGACGUCAUGCUGCCCGACGCGCAGGCGGACGCCAGCGAUUCCACCGAACACGAGAUGAUUAUCGGAGCCCUGACCCCCGAAACGACGUACUCCGUGACAGUGGCGGCAUACACGGCCAAGGGAGACGGGGCCCGCAGCAAACCUCGUCUGGUCGUCACGCUCGGAGCAGUGCCCGGCCGGCCCCGUCUCUCCGUGAGCUACACCCAGGCCAACACGGCGCUGGUGCAGUGGCAGGCGCCCACGGAGACCCACGGCGCGCUGCUCGGCUACCGCCUCGCGUUCGGCCGCGCCGACGGCGACCGCCCCACCUCCCUCGACUUCUCGACGCGCGAGGACCACUACACGGUGACGGAGCUGCACCGCGGUGCCGUCUACUCGUUCCGCCUGUCGGCGCGCAACCGCGCCGGGCUCGGCGAGGAGGCCACGCGCGAGGUCGUGACCCCCGAGGCGGCGCCCUCGGGCUUCCCGCGCGGCCUGCGCGUGGUGGCGGCGACGGCCACCGGCGUGCAGGUGGCCUGGGAGGCGCCGGCGCUCCCCGAACGCAACGGGCGCGUGUCGCGGUACACGCUGUCGUGCCGCGACAUCGACGGCGCCGCCGAGCAGCUUGCAGAGGUGGAGCCGGCGGCGGGCGCCGACGCGACGACGGAGCAGGCGCUAGCGGGGCUGCGCGCCGGCGCCACCUACGACAUCCGCGUGCGAGCACACACGGCGCAGGGCCCCGGGCCCUACAGCCCCAGCAUUCAGGCGCGAAUUGCGCCAUCGGGCACCGGCGACAGGGCAGCUUUCGUGAAGAACUUUGGGGUGAAGUCGGUGAGCCGCUCGUCAGCCUUGCUCACCUGGGAGCUGCCGGACUCCUACAGCCCCCAGCAGCCCUUCAAGAUCGUGGUGAACAACGGGCAGCAGAUCGAGGUGGACGGCUGGGCGACUCGCAAGCGCAUCACCGGCCUGCUGCCCAACACCGAGUACUACUUUGGGCUGGCGAGCCGCGGCGACGGCGCCGGGGGGCUCCAGCAGGAGGUGGGGGUGCGCACGGCGCCCGACCUCCCCCAGGGAAAGCCGCUGGCGCUGGGCCGUGUGCGGCCCGACGGCACGCUGCCCACCGAGCUGCCGGACCCACCGGAGGAGGUCAGCUUGAGAGCGUACUACGUGGUGGUCGUACCGCUGAAAAGACACAAGGGCCAGUUCAUGAAACCGGCCGAGAUUCCCGACGAUCUGGACCUCGACGAGAUCGUGGACGGCGGCAGCCAGCAGCGGAGGAGGAGGAGACGGAGGCGGCACGGGCCCGUGGCGCGCGCGGCCCGGGACGUCGAGGGGCCGCGGCCGUACGUGGCGGCCCGCUUCCCGGGGGGGCGGCUCCCCGCCGACUUCACGCUGGGCGACGGGCUGGAGUACGGCGGGCACGUGAACCGCCGCCUCUCCGCCGGGCAGGACUACGUCUUCUUCGUGCUCUACGAGCUGGAGCCACACGAUGCGGGCAGCCGGAUGUUCGUGGCGAGCCCCUACUCGGACCCCGUCGUGUCUCCCGACCCCGAGCCGCUGCCCAUCACGGAGGAGGAGGAGGGCCUGCUCUGGGUGGUGGGGCCCGUGCUGGCCGUCGUCUUCAUCAUCUGCGUCGUCAUAGCGAUCCUCCUCUACAAGAGGAAGAGGAGUGACUCGGACCCGGGGAAGCCGAUGCUGCCAGGAGGAGCGAAGGAGACGUCGCCCCUGCACACGUCGGACCCCGUGGAGAUGCGGAGGAUCAACUUCCAGACUCCAGGUUUUCCUGCAGGCAGUCUGCCCGGCGAGCUGGCCGCCCCCCAAAGCAUGAUCAACCACCCUCCAAUCCCCAUCGCGGAGCUCUCCGACCACGUCGAGAGACUCAAGUCCAACAACAACCUCAAGUUCUCGCAGGAGUACGAGUCGAUCGACCCCGGGCAACAGUUCACGUGGGAGCACUCGAACCUGGAGGUGAACAAGCCGAAGAACCGCUACGCCAACGUCAUCGCGUACGACCACUCGCGCGUCAUCCUGCAGACGCAGGACGGAGUCCCGGGCAGCGACUACAUCAACGCCAACUACAUGGACGGCUACCGCAAGCAGAACGCCUACAUCGCCACGCAGGGCCCGCUGCCCGAGACCUUCGCCGACUUCUGGAGGAUGGUGUGGGAGCAGCGCAGUUCCACCAUCGUCAUGAUGACGCGCCUGGAAGAGCGCUGCCGGGUGAAGUGUGACCAGUACUGGCCAGCGCGGGGCAGCGAGACGUACGGGCUGGUGCAGGUGUCUCUGGUGGACACCCUGGAGCUCGCCUCCUACGCCGUGCGCACCUUCACGCUGCACAAGAACGGCUCCAACGAGAAGCGCGAGGUGCGGCAGUUCCAGUUCACGGCGUGGCCAGACCACGGCGUCCCGGAGUACCCGACGCCGUUCCUGGCGUUCCUGCGGCGCGUCAAGACCUGCAACCCGUCCGACGCGGGCCCCAUGGUGGUGCACUGCAGCGCCGGCGUGGGCCGCACGGGCUGCUUCGUCGUGCUGGACGCCACCCUGGAGCGCCUGCGCUCGGAGCGCACGGCGGACGUGUACGGCUUCGUCACGUGCCUGCGCUCGCAGCGCAACUACACGGUGCAGACGGAGGAGCAGUACGUGUUCGUGCACGAGGCGCUGCUCGAGGCGGCGACGGCGGGCCCCACCGAGGUGCCGGCGCGCACGCUCUACGCGCACCUGCAGCAGCUGGGCACGGCGGAGCCCGGCGAGAACACCACGCGCAUGCAGCUCGAGUUCCGGCGGUUGGCGCUGGGCAAGUCGAGCCCGUCGCGCUUCAUCAGCGCCAACCUGCCGUGCAACAAAUUCAAGAACCGGCUGGUGAACGUGAUGCCGUACGAGGCGACGCGCGUGCCGCUGCAGCCGAUCCGCGGCGUCGAGGGCUCCGACUACAUCAACGCCAGCUUCGUCGACGGAUACCGGCAGCAGGCAGCGUACAUCGCCACGCAGGGUCCGAUGGCCGAGACGACGGAGGACUUCUGGAGAAUGCUGUGGGAGCACAACUCCACCAUCGUGGUGAUGCUCACCAAGCUGCGCGAGAUGGGACGGGAGAAGUGCCACCAGUACUGGCCGGCGGAGCGCUCGGCGCGCUACCAGUACUUCGUGGUGGACCCCAUGGCCGAGUACAACAUGCCGCAGUACAUCCUGCGCGAGUUCAAGGUCACCGACGCCAGGGACGGGCAGUCCCGCACCGUACGCCAGUUCCAGUUCACGGACUGGCCCGAGCAGGGCGUGCCCAAGUCGGGCGAGGGCUUCAUCGACUUCAUCGGCCAGGUGCACAAGACCAAGGAGCAGUUCGGCCAGGACGGGCCCAUCACCGUGCACUGCAGUGCGGGCGUGGGCCGGACGGGCGUGUUCAUCACGCUGAGCAUCGUGCUGGAGCGCAUGCGCUACGAGGGCGUGGUGGACGUGUUCCAGACGGUGAAGAUGCUGCGCACACAGAGGCCGGCAGCCGUCCAGACGGAGGAUCAGUACCAGCUCUGCUACCGCGCCGCGCUCGAGUACCUGGGCAGCUUCGACCACUAUGCAACAUAAAGGCCGCGUCGCCACGGCGACCCCACUUACAAGCCUCCUGAUUGGCCAAACGGUAAAACUUGAACCCGAGCCCUUCCUCCUCCUCCUCGUCCUCCUCCUUCUCGUCCUCAUCCUCCUCGUCGUCGUCCAAUCAAAAAUUGAGGCCCCCCGUUUCCGGCGCAGUGCGGACCUCGGAUUCUCCUCGCCCCGGGCGGCGAGGGCGAGAAGACGGGCGGCGUUGGUGAGCACGGGGCGACUGCUCGCUCGCUCGCUCGCUCGCUCGCUCACCCGCCCGACCGCUCGCUCGCCCGCCAACUUUCACCCGCGCCCCCCGUCUGCUGAGAACUCUUGGCGAUGUGCCCUUGUACAGAGCAGAAAGAGACGAAGCUAUUUUGUACGAAAGAACAGAACACUGGGGGAAGAAACGGGGGGCGGAUGGGGGGCGGUGAUGGGGGGUGAGGAGGGGGGCGGAGGAGGAGAAGAACUGACGUCAUUAACGCUGCACUCGGUCUGGACUUCGGCACCAGUUUUGGGGUGGGGAGGGGGGUGAGGGCGGUGGGAUUUAGAAGCGAAUAUUCAAAAAGAAGGAAAAAUCGGAGUUGCAAUUUUGUGGAAGCAACAAGAAGCAAUGGCAGCGAUGGCGGAACGAGAGUCGAGUCUCCGUGAACAGAGGACGACGCUUUCCUGUCGGCAAAAAAACUCCCCCGCCACCAAUGGUAUGGUCCGAGAGCACCUUGCCAAGACCACCGCCCUCCAUUGCCCCCCCCCACCCCAGUGACCCCCCCCCACUCCACUAAACCCCCCACCCCACUGACCCCCCCCCAGCCCCCCAAUCUCCCGAACACCCGAUUGGAUGCAGCGAUUCUUCGCGCUGCCAAGUCUGGAAAUGAAAACCAACGGGCGACCACUAAAUGGUUGAAAUUCUUUUUCUCCUUCUUCCCUCUUUUUUUAAUGUACAUUAUUAUUAUUAUAACCAGCCUGUGCUUUUUAUUAUUGAGAGAGAGAAGUAACACUAAAAUGUACAUUUUUAAAGAGCAAAACUCUGUAAGUACACUUUUCCGCGUGGCAUCGCCGGAGUGGUGAGUUGGGGGGUUUGUGCGUGGUAUGUAUGGGGUGGGGGGUAAGAGAUGGGUGGGGG